UGAGAGUAAAACGAGCAGCCACACGGCGCUGAACGUAUGACUGGUUAGUUGUUGUAUUACCGCAGAGGGAAGGACACUUUAAACCUCGCAGCCUCGAUGUUGAACACAGUAUUUGUCCCAAGAGAAUAACGUUACCCGGAGCUAAGGCUGGGAGAGCAGUAUUACAGAGAUGCCAUGGAGCAGUGUCAUAGUUACAACGCUCGUCUGUGUGCUGAGCGCAGCAUCCUCAUGCCCUUCCUGGACUCUCAGACUGGCGUAGCCCAGUCCAACUGUUACAUCUGGAUGGAGAAGAGACACCGUAGUGCAGGUGUAGCUCCAGGGCAGCUGUACACCUAUCCAGCCCGUCGCUGGAGGAAGAAACAGCGUUCCCAUCCCCCCGAGGACCCCCGCUUGGCUUUCCCGCCUCUCAAAACAGCAGAUUUGGAGCUGGGUCUGAAGCGUGAUGCGCUGGGGGCGGUGGACGGCAGCAGUCUGGAGGCCCUGCUGAAGGGGGAGCCCCUCGACAGGAGGAGCGGAGUGUCGGACAUCCGCGGUCCUGAGGACGACUCUGCAAGCGUGGAGCCUCCUGCCACCUCAACGACCACUACGUCCUCUGGUCGUGUCCGUAAGAGAGUCCUUGACCAUGACGACUAUUUGGACGACCUGGAUGACGAAGACUUUGAGGACGAAACCCCCAAGAGACGAGGCAAGAGCAAGUCCAAGGGCCGUAGUGACAAGAAUGGCAAGAAAAAACAGGAGGCGGCAGCUGCAGCGCUGGAGGAGAGGGACAAACCGUACGCCUGCGACAUCUGUGGGAAGCGCUACAAGAACCGUCCUGGCCUGAGCUACCACUAUACACACUCUCACCUGGCCGAGGAGGAGGGCGAGGACCGCGAGGAGAUCGAGGCACCACCCACUCCUCGCCAGCCUGAGGAGCAGAAGACAACUAAGAAGGGGCCCAAUGGGUUGGCACUGCCCAACGAUUACUGUGACUUCUGUCUGGGAGAUUCCACCUUAAACCAGAAGACUGGCCAAUCAGAAGAGCUGGUGUCCUGCUCAGACUGUGGACGCUCAGGCCACCCGACGUGCCUGCAGUUCACACCAGUAAUGAUGGCUGCAGUGAAGACUUACCGCUGGCAGUGCAUCGAGUGCAAGUGCUGUAACGUCUGCGGCACCUCAGAGAAUGACGACCAGCUGCUGUUCUGUGAUGACUGCGACCGAGGCUACCACAUGUACUGUCUAAGUCCCCCCAUGACUGAACCACCAGAGGGGAGCUGGAGCUGUCACUUGUGCCUGGCUCUGCUGAAGGAUAAAGCCUCCAUAUACCAGCAGAACCAGAGCUCCGCCCCCGAGUGACACCAUGUCACCAAGUCCCACCCCCUCAGUAACGGGACCCCAACCCCCGAUGGAAAACGUCAGACCUCCUCUCAGUCCAGAGCUCCAGGCUCCGUCCAGAUGUAGCUGAGCCAGAUCGCAGAUCAGCUUUAGAAGUCUUAAUAUCCACAGCGUCAGUGGGGGGGUCAAACUAUCACUACCAACCUGCCUGCCGAGCCCCCGAGGCUUGCCGUCAAACAUACAUAUUGUGCGUAUAUACAGUAUAGACACACACACACUCUCUCCUGGACUGUUACACACACACACACACACUAGAUGCAGAGACAGAGAGCAUGCAGUAACCAUAGUAACUGCUGUCUCCAUGGGAGCUCCCAGGAGCAAAUGGAUUAGCAUCACAGCUAAUUAUCUGCACCCUUUCACACUCAAAGACACAGUGUGGACUGUCGAGACAACACAGUUUCUUUUCUGCCAAAUUAUCUAUUUUUACUCCGGGUGUGGGAGAAAGAAAAUAUCACCACGUAUACGGUUGAGGAAUAUUAUUAUUAUUAUUAUUAUUAUUAUUACUAUUGUUAUUGUUCUGGUUACUAGUGGACUUUUGUAGUGGCAUUUGUCUGUGUACUUUUAUCUGAUUGGAGCGUUUUAUCUUUUGAAGAGGUUUCCUCCCCGAGGGGAGCCGGUCAGUGCCAAGGUCCACCAUCAUAUGUAAUACACAACAACAACGACCCACGGAGCUUUUCAUCAAUCACAUAAACCAUCGUUGUUUUUUGUCUUUUUUUGUUUUAAAUCAGUGGGACAAAGACGGGAAAACAAAGUCUUAAUUUUUGCCAACAAAAAAGAACAACCGUUGGCUUCGACUCAUCAAGCUGUUGGCACAAAAUGUUUGGUCUUGAUACUUAACGGUUGCACCAAAACCAACUUAUCAUGGCUGUUACUUUAACCAACCACUACACAGCUGAGCAUCAUCCUGUUCACAUAAAACAUUCAGUGUAACAUCAACAUUCAUUCUUCAACAUCAUUUUGUCCGUCAGACAGAGCUACCGCUCUCUUAUUUUGAAAAACCCUGACUUUUGAUAAGUCAGACCACUGUUUGAACCAGACUGCUGUAAGUCCGUUACAUGAAACUAGUAAUCACAGAGGUGCAUCCUUUUCUCAACGACGUUUUGUGCUAGCCUUUUAGGAACCGUUUGGCAGUGACAUCACUCUCCACACGUCAGCCGCUGUCGAACCGACGACACGAGAUCAUUUACAAACUGUAGCUGCUUUUAUCAUUUGUCACACUGAGGCAGAUUUUGCAUGCAGAUUGCACCUGUAUGAAUGCGCACACACAC